CUUGAUCAAAAUUUGAUCAAGAUUAUUCCGACGGUUUAUUAAAAAAUAAGUUACAAAUAUUUUUACCAUUUUCUGAAUAAGAAUUAUAAAUAUUAUGAAUUCCCUUAACGUUCGACCGAUUUCAUUGCAAAUUGUAAAUUUGAGUAAAUAUGGGAAAAAGUGGGGGAACUGAAAUUCAGUCUGAUAUAUGAGACGUCAUCAAAGUGAAAUAAUAAUAAAUAAUCCGAUUAUUUAUUGUUAUGUUACGCGCAAUGUUUCCCUGUUGUUGACAAAAGUGAUUGAAGUGAAAUACGAGCUGCCCCUAUUUCUCGUUCCAUAAAUAUUUACAUAUGUAUUUCCAACUAAUUUCAUACGCGUCGUACAAUUACACUAAUUGUCGUUUUCUAUCGCCUGAUUACGUUUGCAAAGCUGUACCUUUUCUUCUUGCAAAUAUCGUCUUCGUGUUCCUCUCAAUUUUCACAUUGAUCGGGUUAGAAAAUUCUUCUUUGAUUAGAAAACAGUCGGUAACAAUGUAAUGAGAAUAAUUUCAAAACUAAAUUUAUUUUAUAAUAAUUGAUAAUAAUAACUGAAAGUAGAUGAAACUCGUCCAUACAUUCCUCUUUCUAUUUUAUUUCACUUAGAAUAUAACCUAUAGGGGAAAACAAUGCAAAAAUAGGAAAAUUUUGAAAUUUGUAUUGUCGGAAUUUCUUGGAAAAUUAUUCUUAAAAAAAACUCUGGAAAUAACGAAUCAUUACGUUUUCAAAUUUUAAGUUCUGGUUUCUCAAUCAUCGAACUAGUAUUAAGUAUCUAGUUACUUUUAAGUACCUAGUUACUUUUUCAAGGAUCGUUCACAAUCGCAGAUGGCGCUACGAAUGUUCAUCCACCGAAUGUUUCUUCGCAGACAGGACACAGACGAUGACAUAAUAUCGAAGAAAUCACUACAAUCAGUCAAGCAGAUCAUCAACUUUCUGAAAGAACAUGCUAGAGAGGAAGGGCUAUUUCGACGUGCUGGUCGUCGCGAUCUUAGAAGACGAAUUCUGAACUCGUUGAAGAAAGGCGAGAAACCUCAUUUAGGGAACAACGACGCGGCUCUGGAAUGCGCAGCCGCGCUGCAACUUUUUUUAAGCCAUUUGAAGAAACCUGUGAUGCCUCAGCACGUUCAACAACUUCUUCUUGCUGACAAUCCCGGAGUGACUGCGCACAUGAUCGCCAAGGAUGCACUAGGAUUGAUACGACAAGACGUCGGUGGUCGUCACGGAGAGCUUCUAGCCGGCCUUCUUGAUUUACUCAGACACUUGACACUGUCUGGCCCUCCAUCCGAAAGAUCAGAGCUUCGUGGAUCACCGCUUCCAAUUGCACUUCUUCCAGUCUUUUUUACUUUGACGCCGGCCGACCUGGUGAAAUGGAAGCAAGUGGCCGCCAGAUUCAACGAAUUAAUUACCGAGGCCCCCGAGCAACUGCAGCUGAAUGAAAAUCGAUCGUGCGAAAUGGAAUCCGCCAGGCUAUCCGUCGAGAACACGGACAACGUUAGGUUGGAGAGAUAACUAGGAUUCUUGCUGUGCCGUUGCAUGGCCCGCCGGCAAGUAGACUUCAUCCAGUAAUUUCCAAUUCGAAUCGAAAACAUCCGAUAUUAAGCCGCAUACAAAUGUAAUUCUUUCGUAUAAAUGUAAGAGAAUUGUGUAAAUUACUCGUACUUCCGCUCAACCGAUAACAAUCACAAAAGCCUACAUUUUCACCUAAAUUAUUUCUUCUUCUUUUCUUUUCUUUUUUUCGAAAAAAAGCAACUACUAUAAUUUCAUUUUUUGCCAUUUAUGGUUUACAGUGAAAAAAUCUCUGGUUCAUGUGUAAUGGGAUAAAAAUUGAAAUACAUAUACGUUACUUUAAAAAUAUUGUAACGAUUUGGAGGAGUUUUAUGUAUUUAGAUUAGAGAUUGUUACUUUGUACUUGUUUGUUUAGAAAUAUACAGAAAUAUACACACAUUGUACAUGGUAGAAGUUUAAUUGUAAUAUCAGCCUAUGUAAGGAAAUUGACCCCUUGCCUUGUGAUUCCUUUUAUAGUUACGCUGCGAUUAACAAAAACAAUCAUCAAACUAUUGUAUGUACUUUCUAUCAAACAAUAUUCACUUUUUAUUCUGAAACUAAGGCGAAAAAUUAAAAUAAAUAUUCAAUGAGUCACGGCCUGUCUCGUGUUUGAAGAACCAUUCAAUUUCUAGAAUUGAAAUGAAAUAUUUAAAUAAAUAUUUAAUGGGUCAUAAU